AAGAGAAAAUAUGUUCACGCACGCAUAAAGAAGAGUUGGUUUACCUCUUAGGUUUGAAUGUAAAGCCCAGUUUCGGGAUGUCGCCCAUCCACAACUGUAUCGACUCACAUGUUUCUCUUCAUAAAUUUGGUUGUUUGCCUGGAUGACAGCUGUGCCACGCCUUCCAGGAAGGGUCGUUUAGCGAUCCCAGUGUCUCCAUCAACAAUUUGAUUAUGUUUGCUACAGCUAGGGGUUUGAAUUGGAUCGUCUCGCUGUUGAUACAACAUGGCCGAUUUGCGCAUAAACAGUCGUGGUUUUUCUCUUUCCCGCUUAAUAUUUCAACAAUUAAACGACUGCUCCUUGUUUGAGAGAGGCUCGUGCCGUGUCUGCCGCAGAGCCCCACGCCUUGUUGUGUUUGCUUGAUGUCUGCCACUGGAGGACUCCAGGCCCCGGCCCUACAUAAAAGACAAUGAACACUCGCGGAUGCUUUCAGCGCAGAGGUCAAGUUUGUCACUCUCGUACUCGUUUCUGUUUCCUUGGUAACGGCAAAAGAAAAUAAAUCGCAGGUGAGGAGUGUGACGUCAACGCAGGCUAUUCCAUUUCUAACAGUCUCUGUUUUGUGGAAUAAUCUGGUGGGUGGUGUGAGCUUGUAGCUCGCAACACUCUGGUAACAUCGAUUAUUUUUUGUCUGUGCGUGAGAGAUUCUUUUCACGCGCUUUCGAUUUGCGCCUUUUGUGACACAAACGUAUGUCAACAAGUGCGGGAACGCUGGUCGCGUGUAAGAGGGCAUACCAGGAAGUCACCGGUUUUUCAGUGCAGUCCGUGACGAAGCAUUAGAACGGCCAGCACUGCCCCAGCAAUCGGGCGCGAGUGUUACAGGAGAGCGCCACUUAGCGCUGAUGCCACGGUCGAGUUUUUUUUAUUGGACAUUUCCGCCAGUGUUGAUUGCAGCUGAACAUCUUGAGGCGAAUCAUGGACACAUUGAACAAGUAUCAGGAGGUUACGGAGAAGGACAUUGAUCCAGCAGACAUCCCAUUCGGCCGUCCAAGCUCCGCCCAUAAGCGACUGAGCUACGGCGAGAGCUUUUCGGGCUCUUCUUACUCCGGCUCCUCCUCAAGCUACUCACGGACAGACUCGGGCUCCGAGUCGGACUCCUGCUUCUCCGAGGAGGAACAGGACGAGGAGAGCGGCACUGCCCGGCAGGCCUACAAGCUGCCAUACCGCCGCUACACGGAGAGCGUCUCGCUGACCGAGCGCCCGCCGUACCAGCGCCGCCACUACGGCCUCGAGUGGGUGAUCCGGGACAACCGGCGUUUCCGCGAGGAGGUGCGGCUCCACCUGGGCGCCAAGCCCACCACUACCUACAGCACCACCACGCAGUGCUUCCCCAACAGCAAGUUCCGGUGGUACCGGGACGCCGUCUACAUGAUCCCUGGGGCCGCAGCGCUGACGCCCCCGAAGACCUUCACCACCACGGUGUUCGUCUUCCCCAAGUUCCCCCAGAGGAACGUGGUGAGCAGUCUGGAGCAUCACUCGGCCAAGAUGGUCAAGAGGUACCGGGUGGCAGUCGAACUGGAGGCCAGGGACUUUGUCUCCGUCAAACUUGUCCACCUCAGCUAUUGAUCCAGGACUGCAAUCGCCUCACAGAACAAAAACCUACUGUGUUCGAAACCCCCUGCGGAUUUUGGCUGUACAGGUUGCUGCCGUACGUUGUGUAUAACCAUUAGCCCACGAAACAACUCCACUGUAGUCUGCAGAAUUCAUUUCCAAGGAGCCGGUAAGCAGGGAAACCAGCUAACUAUUAUGGAAACUGUUAAGUUAGCACAGUUAAGUUAGCAUCAGUCAAAAGUUCAUUUCUUAUGAAUGGUUCUCAGCGGGAGCUCGCUUGCUAAAGCAACAUCGUUUGUCACGGGGGAGAAUCCGCAUAGCAGUCGAAUUCUUGUGAAGAUUUACAGGCUUGCCUUAGUUUCCAGCGACCAAUUUAAAGAGGCACGAAGAUUAUGACGUAGCUAUGCAUAACCUUUCCUCUCUGCGCGGGAAAUUCUGGCUGCUUGCAUGAGCACAUCCGAUCUCGAAGCCAGAACACGCACAACUAAGCCAUCACAACCUUGCUCCGGACAUCUUAGAAAGUCUUCCGUAUAUAUUGUGUCCGUAUCGACAGUUUAACAAACUAGUUUUUAUUUUUUAUUUUUAGUAGGGGGCGGGCAGAAAAUAUUGCCCACGGUUAUGCAUUCCUUAUCACAGUUGGGGGGAGGCUGAAUCACAAUAAUCGAAGCUAUUGCUAAUUAAAAUUUCGCUUUGAAAAAAAUUAAAAUGGGAAUCCAAAACAGCCAUAUCUGAAUAAAUUAGAAUGUUAUGUGUUGUGUAUGUAAAUUUGCUGUGUUUCUAUAUACACCAUAUCCUACAAUAGGCAGAGUUGAAUUUGACUUUUUAGCAGUAGAUAUGGUACUUCAUUUACAUAUUUACCUGAAGUUGUGUAAUAUAAAAAGCGGAAAAGACCCUGGAUUUUUAGUAGCACGUCUUUGAGUCAAAUCAAUGCCGAAAAAUACUGUAGUGAAACAGAAAAAAUGGAAACGCAUGUAGUUGACAUGUACUCAGGUAACCGUUUCAAUUCUGAGACCUCUGGAAUAAUUUCCAUUUUAUCAUUUCUUCAGUGAACAGUAGUUAUAUUUAUGAAGUUUACAGCGCCGCCUGUGGUUGUAUCUCACUACUAAUUUUUGACAGGUUAUUUUGUUUAUGGGCCUACUUGUUUCACACGGAUACGAAUUUCGAUCAGUAAUCUGUCGUUGGUUCACGAUCACUUUCACCAGAACCCGCAUAAUGGAAGGACCGAGCCAGUGUUGGGAUCACAGAUCGAGAUCCAGAUCCGUCUGAAACGACCAAGUCCUUUAUUAAAUCGUAAUUUGUUUUAAAUGAUGAACUAGCUGCAAAAUAUAUGUAAAAUAUUUACGAUAUAGGCUUGGAUUGGAUGAAGUAAUUUUCAAAACGACAGGGCAAGCAGGCCAGUCUAUUUACAGGAUAGGAAACUGGACUGAAAGGGUGGCAGCCGUCUUGCUGGCAGAAACAGCCUGUGCUCGGAAGCGCAAGCCAGAGAAUAAAAUUCGUGCUUGUCUCCACUAAGGUGAUGUUAUCAAUCGAUCCGCUAUAAAGCCCCGCCCAAUGCGCGUCUCCAUUAGAUCACUUUCAUAUGCACAGGACACAUGCACAACCCUCCUAGAAAAUUACAACUGCGUAUGCAACGCAUAUAGAGAUCUAUGGAUGCGUUCGAUUAGCUUACGAAAGCGUUCGUUUAGCCAUCACGUGAUCUUCGUGCCUGCUCUGGUGUCAGCCACCACUACCCCGGCUGGCGAGCAGGUCUGUGGGGGCUGUCCGAGUGUAAUGACGUCACGGAUGGACUGUUAGAGCAUGGAUAUGUUGGAACUGGCGAGGACUUGACCUUUUUCCCAGAAUGCCUUAGCGAAUACACUGCAGCGUUCCAUUAGCCUCAUUUCGAGGCUUCCCUUGCGUAUGACGCUGGUGUAUUCAGGGAAGCUAAUCGAACACACCGAUAGUAAGUUCUUCUUAUGCGUGAUCUCUUUGAUUCAACGCCAUUAGGUGCGUGUACGUGCGCGCAGUACGCGCUAUACACCCUUACGUGUUGAUCAAAAUACGGCGUGCCACGUAAAUAUGACGUCCAAAAUGCCGACGCACGUGGCAGUCUGCCAGAGAGGAAGUAAUGUCAUUCGAAACCGUACUACACAUGUAUUCUUCACAGAGAUGGAGAUCGGUGUAUCUAUGGUACUCUCCAUUAAACACUCUAUUAAACGGCAGAGAUUGGUCAGUGUUCAAAUGCGACGAGGCUUCAUGGAUCCUGCCUAGUGGGCCAAGGAGAUGAUAUUGCUGCAGUUAUGACAUACCCACACCCUUCAUUGAAAUACAUGCUUCCCGAAAAAAAACCCGAAUUUCACGUAUUGUGAUUUCAGCGCUGUUGACGUAUUUGUUUCGUCAAAUACACCCUUUUCUUUUCUUUCCCUCAAUUUGGAAAGCAAAUACGGAAGUAAAUGUACACUACGGCAUGCACAUCAACUUUAAAAAGAGUUUUUAUUUUAGGUCAGGAGACUAAAAUUAAUAAAUCCCCGCUACGUACGUAGGCCAUUUCUGUUUCGAGCUAUUGACAGUUGUCUCAAUUCUCAAUGCACGUACGUACAUGCCAAUCCGUCGACAUUUGACGAUGGGAACCAAGCACAAGCAGGUCGAAUAGUCUUUUAUUUACGGAUUUGCAGGCGCAGAUUUCUUACAAUUUCUCAGAAUUCCGCAGCAAUGGGAAUGAAAAUGUUCACGCAAAUGUAAAUGCAAGGUAUAAAAAGACCCUGUUUGUUAUUUAUGGGUGCUAUAUAACAGCUUGACAUGACAUGAACUUCCGCAAUGUUUCGCAUUCCUUCAAUUCCUAACUUCAGCCUGUAUCACAAAUCAAUACAAAGAUGUGGCUAGUCUGUUGUCAAUGUUUUAUCAGCAUUUAUCAGAGUGACCUUCUGAGAAAAUUGGGGGUACACCGUGGAAAAAAUACAUGUAUGUAAUUUUAUUUAUUCAAAUAAUUAUAUGUUAUCAGACUAUUUUAUGAUUUUUCUUGAAGGUAGAGAUUACUGAUUGGUUAAGAUUAUUACUAAAUACAGAGGGUGACCUUGCUUUGAAAAACAAAGACAAGUGUUUAGCUGUCAUUACUCUUUCAUGUUUUUACCCAUCCUGGCAACCACAGUGAUGCCAUUUUCGUUUUAUUUCCUGUAAGAAAUCCUACCUAAAUCAUAACAUUCCUGAUAUAUUUGCAGCGGUUUUUAGCGUCGAAAAUUGGCCAUUCCAGAUAUAACCGGCUUGUGAGAUAUUUUGUUUUAACGUACAUGAACAUGGUUCCAUGUUCACGUCAGUAACAGUUCCGGUAUCAAAGGUUGUCUUAAAAAGCCUUACCUUAAAUGCUACAUAAAGAGUUUAUUCACACUUGGUGUGCACUAGUUUACAUGUACUGCGUAUAUAUGGGGCAUUCCUUCGUCCAUGUUAUGUGUGGUUACCAAGAUGUUACAUGUGUAUAUUCCAUGGCUCCUUGAAGAGCAUUUUACUUGAUUCAGGCUUCAAACCUAAGCAUCAGUUCUGGCUGUGGCUUCUGCCUCGUGGCUUCUGCAUCAUGGUACCCCUGAUGAAGCCAGGGCUAGGAAAGAAGAUGCGGUUUAGAAAAAUGGCCUCAGUGGCAAGGUUUGGAGAUUUCAAAGGAAGGUGACCACUUCACACUGGUCAGCAAUUACCAGUGAAAUGUUCUCCCUUCAGUUUUUUUUCUCAUAUGGCAUCAUCAUUGUAACAUUGGCCAAUCACUCAUCAGAUACUGUCUUCACACAAGACAGUUCCCCUUUUACAAGAAAUGCAUAAAUCAAUGCAUGAUAAAAGUCGAUCGAAUAGAUGUUGUCAUUAUUGUGGUUUGUACUUUUAUAUGUAUGCUGUUUUGUAUUGUGUAUUGUGCCAGGUGACAAUUAAAUUAUUAGUAAAAAAUCCAACA